UGUCGACAUGAUGUCCACCAUGAUCGUCACCAAUCGCCCUCGCACCAAACGUCGACAUCCUAGUCGUCUGCCUCGUCUACAGUGACAUCCUCAAAGUGUUGGCAACAGCAUCGCCAUCGGCAUCGUUUGAAACUUCUACAUCGCCUCCACUUUCGUUGUCGUCCUCGUUGUCCAUGUCAUCCAAAGAAAUGUCGACGUCAGCGAUGACGAUGAUGACGGCGUCCAGGGAGAACGUUACCUGUAUGGACUACCUUACGGCCGUCGUCGAUCCCGAAGACUGCGACUUCAUGACCACUUCCUCCUUGGUGUUCGUCAUCGUAAGCAUCAUCCUCAUCAUCUGGGGUCUCUUCAAUAACAUCCUGCUCCUCCUCAUCAUCUUCACGAACGGUCGGCAGAUGAGGACUAUUCCCAACAUCUUCAUCGCUAACAUGGCAUUUCUCGGUAUUCUUUUCCUCGUCAUCGUCAGCGGUGGUAAUAUCCUCCUCUUUGGCCAAAUCGCCUUCCACGCCGAGAUCAUCAGAAGUGAAUCCGUCUCCUCUGCUUUAUUUUUCAUUCAAAUCUUUGUGUCUGUAGCUUCCUUCACUACACUGGUUGUACUGGGGCUUGAUCGAUACCUGGCGAUAGUUCAUCCACUCCGAUCAAGACCAUAUCGAACGAAGAAGCGGGCCGUGAUGGCUAAUUGCCUUGUUUGGAUAAUUGCAGGUUUGACAAUGAUUCCAGUAUUCCUUGCGGGUGGAAGCCGGGAUGUCUUUCAAGCUUACAGCGACCCUGGUUUAAGAAAAUCAAUGAUUAUCUUCAUUACAUUCGCCUAUGUGCUUCCUAUCAUCCUACUUGUCUUGAUGUACGUCGCCAUCUUGAAAGUGAUUUGGUUUAACCCCACAACCAAGCAACUGCAGGGAGAAGAGCAAGCGCGCAGAUGGAAGCAGCGAAUUCAAGUCUUGAAAUCGUUAUCCCGAGUGGUUCUGUCCUUCAUAGUGCAUUAUGGUUACUUCUUUGCGGUAUUUCUCUGGCUUAUAAAUGGCGGGCACACGCAAGUCAGUGCGCGUGUGAGUAAUGUCUUGUUCUAUUCUGCCAUAUUGAUACUCUACCUGAACACAUGCUUAAACCCUGUCAUAUACGCGCUGAAACAGGAAGCCUUCCGACCGUUUGUCUAUAAGCUUCUCUGUCCAAAGACAUGUAAUCUUCGGAAGCCAGAGAAGGGCGCCCUCAACACGGCGACCCAACCGAAUGGCAAUGCAAGUGAGCCAAAGGCAUCCAAAACACUACAGAACGGACAAGAGGGUGUCGUCCGGACCAGCAGUGGUCGGGGAUCAACUGGAGUGAAUCUCGAUGGGAACAUGGAGGAAAAUGUUAUUUUACCGAAUGGAAUUGUAAAUGAAGGAUACCAUGGCAACGACAAGACACGUGAUAAGGAUACGGAGAUUGGUUCUUCUGAUGCAACGUCUGGAGAUGUCAUUGCCACUUCAUAUGCAAUACCUGAACACCAGACCUGCCUCCAGUUAAAUGAAAUUGAGGCAAAUGUUUAAAACGGAAUCAUAACUUUUUGUUGAGAAUUCACCUUAAAGGUACUAUGUCCCUUUUGUAGCCAACCUCAAAUUCUGUAGA